UCAGGUUGUCCUUUGCAUGGAGGCUUUUAGACGACAGCGCCACCAUUGCUGAAGAUGAUUGAUUAGAUGGAUCGGUACGAUGGCAAGUACGUGGCCGAUAUCUCGUCUAGAUUAGGAGACAGCGGCAGCCUGGCAUCUUGGCAGAGGGAGGAGGAAGAGAGAAUGAGAGCGGUCCUUCAGCCCGACGAGACAGCGUGGCAGUUUUUGGCGCGCAGUCACCUCAAGCCUCUGCGCACUUCUAUUCCUUUUUUGGAUAACCAGGCCAUCGGACCGGGACACGUGGUAGAGAUCUGUGGUCCCAGCGGCAGUGGAAAGACGCAGCUUCUUAUUCAGAUUGUUGCCACCUGUCUCCUUCCAAAGCGUUGGGGUGAGGUAUCUUAUGGUGGUGCUGAGGGUGUUGCCUACGUGCUGGACCUGGACUGUCACUUCAACAUCUCAAGGGUGGUCGACGUAUUGAAGACAAGAAUAAGCGAAGCUCGAGCUGCUGCACUGAAUGUCCAUGGGCUGCCAAAUGAACCCCAAGGAGAAGAACUUGUUGCUUGGAGUUUGAGCAGGCUGCACAUCUUCAAAUGCCACAACAGCUUUCAAUUCCUUGCAGCUCUCAAGGUAUUAUUUAUGCAGAGAACUGUUGUGUAGAUUUGCCCGGUUGCCCAGCCGGGCAGAGAAAAAAUAAAAAAUUUCCGGGGAAAAAAUAUGUUGUGUAAAAGCAACUUGCCCGGUUGCCCGGCCGCACAGAAAAACCAACGUAGCUUCUUUUUCUUUAUUAUUAGCUCUUUUUUAUACGAGUUUUUUUUUUUUUUUUUUUGCUUGGUCACAGCAGGUUGAGCAGAUUCUGCUCUUUAUUUUAACGAAAUGUUGUUAUUAACUUAUUAUCUAGGCUACCAGCCGGGCCGCCCGGGUCCCGGGGACCUUGUCCCACUUGCACCGCUUAGUUGAGGCAGCUCAACGGUGCGACAGCUAAAAAAAAUCAUUAUAAUUCAAUUUCAAAUGAGAAAUGCAUUUAUAAAUGGCAGGAAUACAAUUGUUCUCGUUUUUCAUUUUUCACAAUUGGAGUGGCAUACGGGCACUUCCACAGCAGAAAAUGAAGAGGUGCCCGAAUC